AUGUCGUCUUUAUUCAAUUUGAAACUUCCAACUCAUGAAAAACCCGUAUUUCAUCAUCCUUGGGAAAGGAUAAUCAAAGAUGAGUUUACUAGUAAAGUGAAGUAUGCCCACAACUCGGUAAAGAAUCCUAGAUAUCCCAGAGAAGAAGACCUAAAGACUAAGCCAAAACCAAAAGUACCAAAAGAAUCGAGAAUCAGAUUCACCAUAAUUGGCAAUAGAGUAACAAAGGAAUUUGUAUAUUGUGUCAGUAUAGCUAAGGGAUUAUAUAAGUACAGGCAGAAAAUUUUCGAUUCCCCUAUAAUAAGAGGUGUAACUAGUGUAGAAUGGCCGUCAGUAUGGAACGAUUUGAAGCUCAGAUAUGGCGAACUAGCGUUCUGCAUCAACUCUCAGGUUGCUGUUAUAAUGAACGAUACUUUCCUUGGCGGCGAAGAAGAAUUGAAAGAAUUUAUUGAAUCAAGAUAUGUUUAUCAUCUAUGCUUGGACUACUAUAAAGAAGGAAUCGGCCAGUUUGCAACUUACAUAAGAUCGUCUGGUAGACCAUGUGCAUAUUUUCAUAUCUCAAUAGAUGAUGAAGAAGUUGGUUCUAUGAUAUUUAUGUUAUAUUCGGACAUAUUGCCGUACACUUGCGACAACUUCCUCAGACUCUGCAAGCAAACAAAGGGCGGUUACGGUGGCACCCCUGUCCACCGCAUUGUUAAAGAUGGUUGGAUACAGUGCGGUGGAUUUGGACUGAAGAGUAAUGAUGAUUUGGGCUGUGAGAAUUUUAUAGUACCGCACGAUAGACGCGGCGUGUUAUGCAUGGCUAAUGAUGGAAGAAAUGUGGAUUGCUCAACACAGUUUUUCGUUUUGCUGCAACCAGCUCCAUGGAUGGCACACAAAUACGUCGCGUUCGGGCAACUCAUUGAUGGAGAAAGCACUCUUCAGAAAAUUGAACAGGUUCCUACAUUAUACGAAUCGCCAACGAAAAAUAUUACAAUAUACCGCGCUGGUAUAUUGAACAUGGAUUGUCAAGAUAUUAUGAUAAAUAAAAACACAAAAGAAUUUAUUUUUGGUCACAUUGACGAUCUUUAUGUUAUUGGAGAAAUAUUUUAUGAGGAACUUCUACAAAAGGUGUUCGAUGAAAUCGAGCGUAGGGAGCAUCAAGUAUUAACUGGGGAAGAAAUAGAAGGUGAAGUCACAGGCGAAGGUGACUUAAUUAAAGACAGUCAAAGAUUUAUUCGUAACAAAGAAGAUAUCGAAAAACAAUUGGGUAAGAGUCAGGGAGCUAUGCCAGAAACCAAUCCUGAAUUAGGAGAAGCUGAGGAAUAUCAAUAUGCUUACGAAUACGAAGGUUCACCGUAUCGACACGUAUCAUUGGGUCCUACAGCAAGUCUGGUAGUCAAACCUGAAAAACCGUACUACUUGCCACUAACAGAUGUUCCUUACCCUGGUGAAGUGGACUCAAACUUUGAUUUGAAAAGGUUCUUAAGGGGCGAUUAUUGCCAUGAAAUUGACUUGGAAGUAAAACGUGAAUCCAAGAAGACAGCAGUGGCAUAUCCUUCAGAGUUGUUCGUUUGUUCUGAGAGUAGCGACGACAGUCCUUCAUCGGUAGAAUUGGAUUCUGAAGAAGAGCGGGAAAUCAAAAAAUAUCUUAGCCAAAAUGUAGAUCAUGUGAGCUUUGCCGGGGGCACGGUAAAAAAGAUAUCCAAACGGUUUGCAAAAUUGAACAUAUUAGGUAGUCCUAAUGCUAUGUCCGAAUCGUUUAUAGUAACUGACGAAAUUCUAAGAAAAGUAAGAACAUUGUCACCUGUAGCGAAUCAAAGACACGCCAAAAAAGUAUCAGUAAGCAUAAACGCCGAUGAUGAAGAAAAGGUGCACCAUAAAAUCAAACGACGCCAGACAGGUUUCGUUCGCCCCACUGACUUGGAGAAGAUUCGCCUGGUAGCUAAACUAAACCAAAACCUAGAUGACGAGACUUACGAGGACAACGAUGCUAACAGAAAAGUGCGGAUAUCGCAGAAAGCGCCUGAGUCGCAAAUUCAUGAAAAAGAAAGGCAAAGGCAAAUAGCCCGCCGGCCGACCGGAUUCGUGCGAAUGGCUCCUCUGGAUGUUGAUGACUCGGAAAUUGAUGUUCAUCGGCCGUCUGUACUGCAAAGAUUGUACGAUGAUGUAGCAAUUGAAGAUGAUGACGAUGUGCCCACUCUAAAGGACUACAAGACGAAAUCUGAAUUAAUUCCGAAAAAGAGUAAUUUACUGACUACCGAAAACCUGCUAAUGGCUAAUGAUGAAAGUAAAGAACGAUACUUCCGCCCUUCCAUGUUGCCAAAAGUUGCAUCUCCAGAACAAGUGCUUAACUUACAGCAUGGUAAAAAAGUUGCAAGAAAGAUCUCUUCGGACUACGUCAAUACCAUAGACCAGAUAGAACAUAGACAACAAAACUCCAUAAGGAGUGUAGAGUACGCAAAAAUGCGCCCGACAAUUAGCGUUACAGAUUAUCAAACUAAAAAUUCUAAAUACCAAGAGGAACAAAGGAAUUCGAAACCCCAAAUGAAAAACAUCCUUGAAGACGACAGCGUAACUGUAGGUUUGCGACUACCUGGCGAUACUCCGCUUUAUUUAGAGAACUCUUCUGAAAACGUAAAGUUCUUUGGUCAAUUUUAUUUCAUUUUUAUAGCGUUAUUCAAUACGUCGCAUUUUUUAAGUCGAACAAUCAGAACUCAGAUAUACUGCACCAUUUAAAGAACUAAAUCAAUCUAUUAUUUGUAAAUAAUACACGGCUAUUCAAGUUUUAUUUUUGGCGGCACUAUCGAGUGCAUCCCAUUUUUGCUUUCAAAAAACAUUUAGUGCUCGAAGUACGGUCAGCAUCACCUGCAUUUGGCUCGUAUGUAUUUGUUUUUCUAAUAAUGUCAUUCCGACACACUACUUGUGUUAGUAUUGUUUGUAAUGCUGUACCAAAAUGCACUGAGAAUGUUAUAAAUUAAAAAUAACGCUAUAUAUUGUAGAUCAAGCAGCGUGCAGAUGAAGCAGCUCAUCGCAUUAGCGUGGUACAAUCAAAAUUAUCAAGAAUCGAAAAACAAA